AUGUCGCGCUUUGCAAGAAACACAGCACAAAGCAGUACGCCAGAAGCGAGAGUUGGACGCGCUGCUUGCAGACGAUCAGGAAUGCCGGGAACUUGCCGAACAGGUCCAAUGUCAGGGAGUUGA